UUUUCAUAGUUUAUCAAAAUAAUUUAUCCAAAUAAUAGUUCAAUAUUGAAUACGUCGAUUAAAGGAAAAAUACCAGCUAAAACUACUUGUUUUUUUAAACAAAUCUAUAAAACUGACCUAAAGUACAAUACCAAAAUGAAUUGUAUACAAAAAGGGAUUAUUUUGUCUUGUGUUUUCGCGAUACUGGUAAACGGACAACGGUUAAGAAAUCGCGUGCACCCCCGAAGACGCCCCCAGGGAGGCGCAGCGGGGACGGGAAUGGAUAUGCACGGAGCAGCAGGGGCGGCGCCAGGAAUGGAUCCAAUAGGGGCGGCGGGAGGGCCGGGAGCGGCCGCAAUGCUGAACCCUAUGGGAAUCGGUCGCCCGUUUGUACUUGGCAUGACCGCUCAGCUGGUAACCGAUCUGAUGAACGGCCACCCUGGACCGGUGCCAAUGGACAUCGCACAGGAAGCGGCAGCUAUGCGCGCGAUGGGCAUGACCCCGGAUCAGAUCUCGGACACCCUGGGUGACAAGAUGCAGGUGCGCCAAGGAUUCGCGAGGAUGGGAGCUGCGGCGGCGGCGCAGAACAUGCUCGUGUCGGCAGCCUUUGGAGGAGCUGCAGUUGGCGGUGCCGGUGGCCCACACUACAGCGGUGCUGAUGCCGGGGCUCAGGCCCACAGUGGCGCCCCAGUGGACGCGGCGGGGGCUGGGCCAGGAUUUGACCUUUUCGGAACUGGAGCAGCCUCGGUAGGCGCGGGAGUAGCCGGACAUGGCGCCCCGGGCAUCUCAUCUGGAGCGGGAGUAGAUAUGUACAGCCCAGCGGGGGCCGGGGCAGGAAUAGAUCCGUUUGGGGCGGCUGGAGCGCCGGGAGUCGGGGGAGCAGCCGGACUUAACCCUAUGGGUGUGGGACGUCCGAUUGUACCAGGCAUGACGGCUGGUUUGGUCAUGGAUCUUAUGAACGGCCAACCCGGACCUGUUCCGAUGGACAUCGCACAGGAAGCGCUGGCUAUGCGCGCCAUGGGCAUGACUCCAGACCAGAUUUCCGAUACCCUGGGUGACAAGAUGCAAGUGCGCCAAGGAUUCGCAAGGAUAGGAGCUGCAGCGGCCGCGCUUGGAUAGCCGGUUAUUUAGAGUGCCAAACGUGAACGACCCGGUAGACGAAUCUAAAAAUAGAUUGAUUAAAAAAAUAGCAAACAAAUUCAAAAUGGGGAUGCCGACCACACAAUCUUGUUUUCCUAUUUAUGUCAUCGUGGUUCCUAGUCAUACAACGAUGUUUUUGUUGCUGUUUUGGGAGCAAUUUUAUUAAAAUAUGGAAGUAUAUUUCAUAGUAAAUGUUUAAAGUUUCUGUUGUAAAGCAUAUACAGUUUUAAGAAAACGGAAGUAAUGAAAAUAUCUCAAAGUAUGCAAUGGUAACUUAAACACAUGCUUGUUAAGUUUUAAAAAAGAAUAAAGAAAAGUUUGUGAUUGAGGAAUUUAAUUAUCGUAUAUUUUACUUAAUUAGACUUAUUAAUGUACUAAUUAAACAAGUAUAUAUGGAAACUUUUGUUCCAACUGUAAAUAUAGUAUUUUUGUGGUAUGUAUAUAAUUUAUAUAGUAUCUGUUCAUUAUUUCGAAUCUAUAUUCAAGUUGAACUAAACUGAAUCGAGAUUCACUUUUAUUAUAUUUAUAAAGGUAUAAACUCAUUUGCAAAUGUUUUUGAUCCAUGAUUCGUUACAUUGUGAAGGUCUUUACCGACUCGGUACGAUAACAAGUGGUGCGAAUGUGGCGGCAAAAUAUUUUCUUAAGAGAAAUGCGUCAAUCUAAAUGCAGAGUUGUCGUUCCAUGCUCACUAACAAUCUCUGCAAUCAUAAGAAAUUCCUGACUAAUUUGAAAGGAUUUGUGUGCGUUUAAGUAUAACAUUACGAAAGAAGUAUCAUGUUCUUUUAUAUUUUUAAAAGAGUUUAUAAGUUUAGGUUCAUAAUAAUAAAAUUAAUAACCUGCAUAAAAAAUAACAACCGGAAAAUUAUUUCAAAUUGACUUGGCUAUCAUCACGGGGUUGAUUAUACAGACAGGGAUUUGAUCGAGCUAUGCUCGUUCCAGUCAAAUCUCUGCGAGGAGGUUGGAAAUGCGUACGGAUUCCCAAUCGGAACUCAGCGUUUCUUGUUAAACGCCAAUAUGACACUGUAUAACGAAUGAUCCCCAUUCUAUGGUUUUAACCUUAUGUCAUACUUGGAAAAUAUAUUAUCAAAUUGG